GACUCCGAAAGUUCAGUUCAAUAGCGAGAACCAAAAAUGGCGGAAUCGAGUGUGGAGACGAACGCCACGCCUACGACUAGACCACAAGCAAGACGGCUGAAAGGUCAUAAAGCCAUCGCCACCUGCUGUAUUGCUUCCCGCGAUCGUCCUGGCCUCAUCGCUUCUUCAUCCGAAGAUGGGUGUGUUUGCUGGUUUGAUAUGCGAUGUAAAGAUCUUUUGUUUACCAUGGAUGCUGCACAAAAUCCUAUUUCCUCCUUAUGCUUCAAACCAGGGAAUGAGGAUAUCAUAUACAUUUCCUCAGAAAAUGAAGUGAAGGUUUUUGAUGUACAUAUGCUUGCCUCAUGGAAGCCAUUGGAGAGUUUCAAUUACAAUAAAGAGGAGAUCAACCAGAUCACAUGCAACUCAAAAUCAUCUUUUCUAGCAGCUGCAGAUGAUGGUGGUGAUAUAAAGAUUAUUGACAUUCGCCAAAAGUGCCUUUAUAAGACAUUAAGAGCUGCCCAUGAAAGUAUAUGUAGCAGUGUGCAGUUUCUUCCUUGGAGACCUUGGGAAGUAAUCACUGGUGGGCUUGAUUCAAAGCUUAUAAUGUGGGACUUCUCCAAAGGACGACCAUUCAAAGUUAUGGACUUGGGUAAGUCUGAUCCAGAGAGCAGCAGUAGUGGGGCCCAGUGUUUCAACCCUGCUUUUGUCCAUGCAAUUGCAGUUCCUGAAGUUGAUAUGUUGGAAAAGCUUGACAAAAUUUGUGUGGUGGCAAGAGGUGAUGGUGUUGUUGAUGUAAUAAAUAUUGAAUCAGAAUUCACAGCUGCAAAAUCUAAAGCUAGAAAAACUGGUCAAACAAAGUCAAAUGGAAAAUCUUCAUCUCAAAAUCAUCCCGAAAAACAAGAUCAAAAUCAACGGACGAGAUUGCGUUUGGAUUAUUCAUGUGGAGGACAUACUGCUGCUGUAUCUUGUGUGGCGUUUUCUAUGUUUGGGGAAAAAGGAAGGUAUGUUAUAUCAGGGGGAAAUGAUAAAGCUGUGAAAGCUUGGAACUUGUCAAGAUUCUCUGAAGUGGAUCAAACUACCAGGGACAAUACCGACAUUCUACAUUUAAACAUAAAUUUGACCAGAAAAGUCAAUUGGCUGUGCAGCACCCCGAGUGAUUCAGAUAAUCUUGUUGUAUGUGAUACAUCUAAAGUAGUGAAGGUUUAUACAGUUGCAUAAUCAACUGUAACCUGAAAUGGCUUCAUUUGUUGAAGGAUUUUUUUUCCAAUUAGAUUGGCAUUUAGGUAUUUUAGUGGUUUCACAAUUUUGAACAUCUGUAAUAAGUCUUUUACAAAUCUUAUGUGUCUAUGAACAUAGUUCAGAUGCUUAAGCAACUAUGAACAUCACCAUCAAAUACUUG